UAUCAUAUAACACCCACUAUAACUCAAAACACCUUGUAAAAAACAUUUUUUUUGUUUUCGAAUUAAUUUAACAUUUAAUUCAAAAAAAUAAAACUAUGACCUAGUGGCUAAUGCUAGAUGUUAGUUUGACUAAGUCUGAAGUUGAAUAAGUCUAGCUAGCUUUUAGGAAGUUGUUUAUGUUUUGUAGUUGAGUAGUUGUGUAAUGGCCUACUCUUAUCUUAUUUCCUACUUUCUCCGUUUAGUUGCUUUACUUGUUAUGUUGCCAAGCUUCUAUAAAAGCUUGUGUACUCUUCUUUGUGAAAUACAACGCAUUAUUCAGACUAUAUUUCCUUUAUCUCGUAUCAGAGCGAAACAAAACGUGAGUGUUUGAGAGGAAAAACAUCACAAAGAAGAUGACAGACGCUGGAAGCUUUUCGACACCAGCUGUUCCUAAAUUUGAUGGAGACUACGAUCACUGGAGUUUGAUCAUGGAGAAUCUUCUCCGAUCCAGGGAAUACUGGAGUAUUAUCGAUCCAGGAUUUGAAGAUCUGAGAAGAAUUGAAGCGCCGAGCCCUGUGCAACAACAAUCCCUCAAUGAAGCAAAACUCAAGGAUCUCAAAGCAAAGAACUACCUCUUUCAGUCAAUCGACAAGACCACGCUGAAGACAAUAACCCAAAAGGAGACGGCCAAACAGCUGUGGGACUCGAUGAAGGUUAAACACCAAGGGAAUGCUAGGGUGAAGCGAGCUCAAUUGCAGAGGCUGAGGAAAACCUUUGAGACACUGGAGAUAAAGAUUGGUGAGAAGGUAUCUGGAUACUUUGCUAUAGUUAUGGAGACAACCAAUGAUAUGAGAAACUGUGGAGAGAUCAUUGAAGAUGUCAAGAUUGUUGAGAAGAUACUCCAGAGCCUCACAGAAAACUUCAACUUUGUGAUAUGUUCAAUUGAGGAAUCCAAGGACAUUGAUCGUCUCUCGGUGGAUGAACUGCAGGCGUCUCUACAGAUUCAUGAGGGCAAAGUGACUGAGCAACGAAGUGAAGAACAGGUUCUUCAAGUGGAUAAUGAGCCAAGGUAUGGUAGAGGAAGAUGAAAAUGGAAUCCUCAGAGAGGAGGAAGCAGUUAUCGUGGACGAGGAAGAGGUCGAUCAUUUGUGAAGCGAUCAGCCAUCAACUGCUUUAGAUGUCGUAAACUGGGUCAUUACCAGUUUGAGUGCACUAGCCUGGAGAAGAAAGCAAACUAUAUGGAGUUUGACGAGGAGGAAGAGUUACUCUUAAUGGCACACGCUGAUUUGAGUAAUGCUGAGGGCAAAGGGGUUUGGUUUCUAGACUCUGGAUGCUCUAACCACAUGACAGGAGAGAAGUCAUGGUUCUACGAACUGGAUGAAGGGUUCAAACACUCAGUUCGGUUGGGAAAUAGUGCAAAAAUGAUGGUACAAGGAAAAGGAAAUGUUAGGUUCGAAGUAGAAGAGAUAACUCAAAGUGGUAAUUGACGUAUACUAUGUGUCGAACCUGACCAAUAACCUGCUGAGCAUUGGACAGUUUCAGGAGAAGCAUCUGACAAUCCUGAUUAAGAACAAUGUGUGCAAGAUCUUUCAUCAACAGAAAGGUCUGAUUGUGGAAACACACAUGACCAUGAAUCGUAUGUUCUUGGUGUAUGCUAAGAAGAAACCAGCACUUGGAAAUUGUCUCAAAGUGGAAGAAAAAGAUUUGAGACAAUACGUUGAAACUGAAGGUCUCUCUCACACCGACUCGCGCGACAUGGACGAGAAGACGCGUUACAGAUGUUCAUUAUUUGACCAGCGCGUGUUACAUGAAAUGGGUAAUGUAAAAAGGGAAGCUUUAAGGGGACUAGAUUUAGAGUGAACUUUCAGUCUUUCAUAGAGUUAUCAAAAUCAAUGUGAGUUUGUUGUUGCAAUGUCAAGAAUCUUUUUUCUUA